CGUCUCAUUACGUUAGAGGGACCUGUUCUGUGUUAUUAUAGGGUGGAUGGGAUCUGCUGUUUUCAAGACCAGGAUGGUUAUUUCUGCGCCUGAAACGCAUGGAGUGGAGUGAAAGCCUUCCAAACCGCCUAAAAAUGAGGUGUCACUGGGUUGUGUUUGCCUCGUAUUUUAUUCUGCUGCCACUAACAGUGUGGUGUGAGCCAGUCAUCUCCCCUAGUGGGCCUCAUGUUGUGGUUCCCAAGAGGGGAAAGCUGGAGCUGCGCUGCCACGACAAUACCACAACAUCUGGCACCCCAUGGGGGUUGAGAUGGCAAAGGGAGAAGGCUCGCAGGAUCGAGGGAGAGGUGGAGGAGGGCGGAGUGGCUUAUGUCAGGGUGCCGGUGGUGCAUGCCUACCACAUGGGCCGUUACGUAUGUGUCAACAAUGGCACAAUGGAACACAGUUCCAUCUACGUCUAUGUGAAAGACCCCCAGAAUGCUUUUCAGCGGACCAUGGUGAACAGCAUUCUGGUGCGAACUGGUGAGAACUGCACCAUCCCCUGUCUUGUGACAGACCCUGAGGUCUCCCUCUUGGCUUUGGAGACCUGCGAUGGACGACCUAUGCCCUCUGGUAUGAGAUAUACUGGCAACCCCCAGAGAGGCGUCAUCAUCAACAGCGCUAGAAAGGAAUACGAGGGCUGUUACGUAUGCGUGGGGCAGCUCAGUGGAGUCAGAGUGAUGUCCAGCCAAUACACUGUGGAUGUGCGACUUUUGCCAGAGCUGCGUCCAGUGAUCACACUGUCCCAAAAAGACACUGUCAUCCUGAGGAAAGGAGAGCAGUUUGAGCUUACUUGUAGCUCCUCCAAUGUCAACCCGGACUUCAGUCUCAAGUGGGAUUUCCCUCCGACAGCGCAUCCUGAUGAAAGCCAGACAUCACACAUCCUGUCCGGUUCUCGUGGUUAUCAGCGUGCCAUCUCACUCUUGAUCGCAGCUGUCAACCAGUCGGACUCGGGCACUUACCGCUGCGCCGCCUACAACGAGAGAGGUAUCAGUAUUGAAAUGCUGCAGCUGGAUAUCUACGAUCAGGGGUUCAUCACCUUGUUAGGAAGUCCAGGUCCCAUCCAGGCAGAUGUUAAGGAGGGGGAGAGCCUGAGCCUCAGGGUAGAGUUUGAUGCCUACCCUGAACCGAGCUCCUUGUCCUGGUCUUACAAUGGCAAGCAUCUCCUCAACACCACAGAGCACGUCAUCACCAUCCACCGCCGCAAAUACAGAUACACCAGUGAGCUGAGACUAGUGAGGGUUCUUGGCUCGGAGGGAGGGAUCUAUAAUUUCUCAGCAAGUCACGAAGAUGCAUCUGUUGAUCAUUCUUUUCACGUGUAUGUCAGCAGUAAGCCUGUUAUCAUUGCCCAGGAGGGGCCUGUUGAUGGUCAAGUACGGUGCAUUGCUUCAGGAUACCCAGUUCCUAAAAUCAGCUGGUAUUUCUGUGACCUGCCCCACACGAGAUGCUCACACCUGCCCAAUGCCACCCAAUGGGAGACACCGGAGGUCGCCAUGCUGACAGAGUCUGCCUUCGGUAGGAGUGAGGUGGAGAGUCGGCUGAAUGUCAGCAAGGAGCACGCUCAGUAUCACACCCUGGAGUGUGUGGCCUCUAUGGAGGGGGAAGAGGCCUACACACUGUUCUCCAUCAGCGAACGCAUUGUCCCCCAUAAACUCUUCACGCCUCUUCUAACUGGCAUGGUGGCAACUGGAGUCUUACUCAGCCUCAUUCUAGUGGUGCUGCUCUAUAAGUAUAUGCAGAAACCAAAGUUCCAAAUCCAGUGGAAGGUGAUUGAGAGCAUCCAUGGAAACAACUACAUAUAUAUUGACCCCACUCAGCUGCCAUAUGACUCCAAGUGGGAAUUCCCCAGGCAGAAGCUACGCUUCGGUAAAACUCUGGGCUCUGGGGCGUUUGGAAAGGUAGUGAGGGCCACAGCGUAUGGACUGUGCUCUGCAGAUACUGUUACAACCGUCGCUGUUAAGAUGCUAAAACCUAACGCUCAUUCCACGGAGAAGGAGGCGCUGAUGUCAGAGCUGAAGGUUCUCAGUUACCUUGGAAACCACGUGAACAUCGUUAACCUGCUGGGCGCGUGCACUGUCGGAGGCCCAAUUUUGGUGAUCACAGAGUACUGUUGCUAUGGAGACCUCCUCAACUUCCUGCGAAGAAAAAGAGAGUCCUUCCUAAACUCCCAAGUUGGGGAUGGUUACUAUCGCAACGUCUUGAACCAAACAGAGCCUGCAAGCAGAGAGGUGGCCGGUGCAGGAUAUAUGCCCAUGCGUCCGUCUGAGAAGGAGAGGUCCUCCCAGUCAGAUGACAUUGAUGAGCUGUCUCUGGACGCCGAGGAUCUCCUCAGCUUUUCCUACCAGGUGGCCAAAGGAAUGGAGUACAUUACCUCCAAGAAUUGUAUCCACAGGGAUCUUGCAGCCAGAAACAUUCUGCUGACUCACGGCAGGGUGGCUAAGAUCUGUGACUUCGGCUUGGCACGAGACAUCACCACUGACGCCAGCUACGUGCUCCGGGGAAACGCUCGUCUGCCGGUCAAGUGGAUGUCUCCGGAGAGUAUUUUUGACUGUGUCUACACCUUCGAGAGUGACGUGUGGUCCUACGGCAUCCUGCUCUGGGAAAUCUUCUCUCUGGGUAAUAGCCCUUAUCCUGGGAUGCAGGUUGGAUCGGCCUUUUAUAGAAUGAUUCAGGAAGGCCACAGGAUGAAUAGGCCUGAGUUUGCUCCCAUUGAAAUGUAUGACAUGAUGCUGUCCUGCUGGAACCAUGAUCCUUUGAAACGGCCUUCCUUCAGAAAACUGGUGGAGACUACUGAACUGCUGCUGUCAGAAAAUACCAAGAAUGUGUAUCUGACACUGAGCAACGCUCCAGGUCCUCCAGACCAGCAGAGGGCAGCGUCACGUCGGCUGAGCUCAGUCUGCAGCACAACAGCCCCCACCCAGCCUUUACUGCAGAACACGGCCGAUGUCUUCCAGGACUAUGUCUGACAAACACAGAAACGCAGUGUGACACAUCUGUACACAACCCCUUACUUUUGUCACACACUCCACAACUAACAACAUUCAAAGUCCAUUCAAACUAACGCUCAAACGCUGGCCUUCCUGCACACACAUGCACACACACACACAUCUAAGACAGUGUAUAUAUAAAUAUAUAUAUAUACAAGCCUGCCCUGGGCUCUCAGCCUCUAUCUACUCUUCCCAUCGGCAUAUCGAACUCUGUGGUAGGUAUUUCAGGUGCACAUCUAUAUAAAGCAGACUACAGCACUAACCAACCAUCAGAUACAAAAUUCUGGCUCACAUUCAGCCUUAGAUUACAUCUUAAGAUGCUUUAAGGAGAGCAAAGACAACAAGUACAUGUACAUAACUGACUGGGGGGGUGACACUAAAUAAGCAGAGGUGGUGAUGACAAGAUGUUGAGUUAAUUUGUCUCCUGUUUUAUUGGAAUGUUUUUGACAUUUUGGGGGAAUACACGCUUUCUUGUGGAGAGUGAGACGAGAAGAUUGAAAGAAAAUCCUCAUGUCUGUGUGUUAAGUGGAGGUUUAGUUUAGAGUUAAGGGUGGAAACAAAACUGCAAAAGCAAAAUCUGCAUACCAGCAUUUCUAAAGCUCAACCUAGUACCCAAAGUGUAAAAAUGUUAAGUUGUGUGUGGUAAGAAUGAGUCUGGUGAUCCUCUGUAGAAUCACCACUUGCAGACUCAACUCAAAAAAUUAACUUUCAGUUGCUAGUAUUAGUAGUAAUGUAGUCAUCAACACAUAAUGCAGGAUUUUCUAUAUUUUACAGUCAAAUCCCUCACUGCCAUUUGCUGGCCCAUUGACCUUUGUUCUUCUGUGGUUUGGCAUGUGCAGUUUUAGCGAAUUGUUGUAUCUGUUUAUGAAGCACUUCGUUCUGAGUUAAAGUUACUCACUCCGCUAUGUCGUAUUAUAUGUAUAGUACAAAAGCACUCUUGUGUAACCCACAUACACACAAAAAAGACAUUUCUGGCUCCAACUCUGUAUUUAAAAGUCAGAUAUAACAGUGGUAUCAUUCUUCUCAACUUACCCUCAGAAAGAGUAGUUCCCAAAAAAUGUCAAAUCUUAGUUCAGUCAUUGUCACUGGGCUGGGGAGAAGUUGUCAGCAAGCCUACUUUAAACAUGCUCUCAAUGCGCCUUGAAAUAAAAGCACUGUACGUCUCACCUGGGAGCCUCGAAGAGAGACAACUGAGCCAUAGUAAGAGUGGCAUGCAAGCGAUAAUUCCUAAUAAUAAUACAAAAAAAUAAAGCCAUAAGUUACAGAAACACUGACUCCCACCUGUGUGUUGUAGCUUUGAAUACUGUGACUUAAAACAAAAGACUAACUGGUGUGUUGCUGUUUGUAUUUUCUGGAUAACUUUAGCCUCUUUAGCAAAGCCAUCGUGGCCAAGGGUUUAGGACUGAUUGUGUGCUUUUUACUUGAUUUAUGUCAAAAAUGUAUGCAAUGUAAAUACAAUAGAGAUGUGCCUUUAGAUUCUUUUUUUGUUUUUGUUUGUUUUUUGUUUUUAUUACUGGAUGCAUUUGUUUGUGACAGUUACUGGUGAGAGAGCGGGCAGAACGGAGCUUCUGCAGUUUUGAUACAGUUGGUUGACUUGUAAUAAUAAAGGAAGUACCUGUGAUGGUAGAACCAAC